CGUUUCACUACGGAAUGUUGUUGUUGAUGCACACGCGACUACAGACUCAGGUGAAACGUUCUCCGGAUCAGUGGGGGUAAUGUCUAAUAUCAUAUUAGUGCAGUGAUAUAACCGCCUUUAAACUUCUUCUGCAACUCGUGUUGGAAGAGAGACAUUUUAAACUUAAUUUUGCGCCACAAUGGUUGACUGGAGUCCGAUAGCGAAGGUGUACGACCCGCUGAAAGCUGGCAGCAUCGACGGCACGGACGUGGAGCCCCAUGAUCGGGCAGUAUGGAGGGCUAUGACCGCCCGAUACAAGCCCAACAAAGCCGUUGUUGGAGACCCACUGCUCACCCUGUUUGUUUACCGUCUGAACCCCCAGACAACAGAGGAAAAACUGCAUCAAGUGUUCUCCAAGUACGGAGACAUCCAGAGGCUCCGGCUGGUGCGGGACAUCGUGACGGGUUUCUCCAAAGGAUACGCCUUCAUUGAGUACAAGGAGGAACGGUCUGUUGUACGGGCCCGCCGGGACGCCAACAAGCUGGUGGUGGACCAGAAUGAAGUGUUUGUGGAUUUUGAACAAGAAAGGACCCUCAAGGGAUGGGUCCCCCGGCGGCUUGGGGGCGGGCAGGGAGGCAAGAAAGAGUCCGGACAGCUGCGGUUCGGUGGCAGGGACAGGCCUUUCCGAAAACCCAUCCACCUGGGGCUCGGUGUCGUGCAGGACCAGGGAGGUGUUGGAGGGAGGGAGUGGGACAGACAAGGGGCGAGAGACAGAGAGGACCGGGGCCGCCACAGAGAAGCGGAUUGGGGCAGCAAAGGGAGGAGAGAUGACCGUGACAGAGGCAGAGAGAGGGACGACCGAAGCCAGAGGGACGACCGAAGCCAAAGGGACAGGAGCAGGCACCGAGACAGGAGAUGAAAGCCAAAUAAAAAAAAACUUGCAAAAAGUGCAAAGGAAAUCUGUGACAGAUGUUUAGAUCCACAGCUGCCUGUCUAGAGGAACUUGAAGUGUGCAGUGAAGGAGAGUCAAUCUGUAGGUUUGCACACCUGGAACUGGUUAAAUACUGAGGACUUUCUGGAUGUAUCAUUGGUUUAGACUGAAUGACAAGUAUCCUGGUUAUUCAACAGGUUGCACUGUCCCAGGGAAAUCUGUAUUUAGACUUGUGUUGGUGUAAUUUGAGCAGCGAAGUGGAAUAAUUUAACUUAUUUAAAGAAAUAGGACUGUACAUUACAAUGAGUAGACCUUUUUGUUUUACCAUAGAGAUGUUGUCCAGCCAUGUGAGGCCUAACAGUAUGACACAAGCUCGAAAAGCAGAAUCUGCUGCUGAGCUGACAAAUGAAACACUGACUUUUCUUAUACUUUUGCAAUUUGCCCAAACAUCCUAAAGGCAGUUUACCAAUUAUUAUAAUGGUUUUACAGGUGAAGAUUUUUGGAGAAUCAUAUUUUUUAAGCAUGAGUGUUUGUGCAACACUGACUUAUGAACAACAUCAAAUAAACCAAAACAUUAUUAACACAA